AUGCGUGUCCGACCCAGGGCGCUGCCGUGGGGCUCGCUGCUGCGCAAUCGCCCCCCGUCCGUCGCCAAGAGCUCAUUGGCCUCUGAUGUUGCCGCGGAGGCGAUGAGGACGGCGCCGCGACGCGGCAUCAUUGCAGACCUUGGCGUGCGGUCGCUCUUGCCAGAGUGGAAAAAAAUGCUGCGGCCUGACACUCUGGUGCAAGACAUUUCUGCUGGCCUCACCGUGGGGUGCGUUGCGGUUCCUCUCUCUCUCGCGAUUGCGUUGGCCAGCGGCGUUCCUCCGGAGGUUGGCCUGACGACUGCGGCGGUGGCAGGCGUGGUUCACGGGCUCGGCGCGCUCCCCUUCAUCACGCUCUGCUGCGGCGGGCUCCAGGUGCUCUCGGGCGUCACUCGAAUGGGUGUCGUCACAAAGCUUGUGCCGGUCUGCGUCAUCUCCGGAUUCACGGCUGGCAUUGGGGCGAUGAUCUUCACGGGCCAGCUGCCAAGAGCCCUCGGGAUCGCGGCGCCGGCCGGGCUAAACACUGUUGAGCUCUUGCAGACAGUCGCAGGGCAGCUUGCUGAUGUCAACCCCGCAGCCGCGGGCCUUGCGGCUGGCACCUGCGCCACGAUGUUGCUCCUCCCUAAGUUCAUGAACAGGAUUCCGGCCGCGCUCGUUGCAGUGGGCGGGUCGACAGCCGCCACGCGUCUUCUUGGCCUCAACGUCUCAACGAUAGGCGCGCUUCCGUCAGGCAUCGAGGUCUUUCAGAUGGCGUCCAUCGCGAUUCCACCUGUGGAGGCGCUUCCUUCUCUCGCUGGGACCGUCUGUCUCAUCUACGCAAUGACCUCCGUCGAGUCUUUGAUCUCCUGCAGCGCUGUUGAUAAGGUGAGAAGGACCUCAUACAAGCACUCGGCCGAUCAGGAGCUCAUCGGACAGGGCCUCGCCAACGUCACCGCGGCAGCUUUUACGGGCAUGCCAGUCACCUCAGUCAUCGCUCGCUCGAGUGUCAACGUGCAGAUGCAUGCAAGCACCCGCCUGCCCUCGCUCGUCCAGUCGGGGUUUAUCUUUAGCAGCGUCGUCUUUCUCUCCGAUACGAUUGCCACUAUCCCCCUCCCCGCCCUCUCGGGCGUCCUGAUCACCUCUGCGAUUGGCAUGCUCAACCCUGCCGAGUUCGUCCGCUGCUACAAGAUCCAGCCGACUGAUGCGGUCCCGUUUGCCGUCACAAGCGUCGGCAUGCUCACGGUCGGGUUGGCGGAGGGCAUCAGCAUGGGAUGUGUCGCCGCGGUUGGGAUGAACAGCGUGGUGAAUGGCAUGCGCCUGAGCAACCAGCUGGCCGACUUCCGAAUGGCCAAGGCCCUCGACAUCCCGUUGUGGGAGGCCGCAGGCCGAGGCGGGAUCCUGGCGGACGCGCAACAUGAUUUCGCGUCUUCUCCGCUGCUGGCGCAGACUGGGCUGCCAACAACGACCACCACUUCGCCCAUGGCCCAGGAUGUGGCGCUCUUCAUGGGCACCAUGGACAAGGUCACCGGCGCAGCCAAGACUCAGAGCAUGCGCGUGGUCGACACAAACAGCCAGAAGCUCAGUAUCGACGUCAACGCCCACAUCUGGAAGCUCUCCGGACCCAUCAACUUCUUGUCGAUGCUCCGAAUCGACGAUUUCGCGUCGCAGCUGAAGCAAUCUCGGGGAAGCGAGGCCAUCAUCAUCGAUGCGCACGCCGUUCCGACGUGCGAGUUCACCGGGGGUGAGGAGUUGAUCAACCGGCUCGCAGAGGUUGUAGACGGGCGGGCGGUCCACAUCGUCAACUGCGCGCCGCAGGUUGGAUCCUCGCUCAAGCUGUGCAGCCACUCCGGCCAAAUCGACCAAAUCUCUAUCUAUUCGCGUCUGUCGCUCGACAAUGAACCAGUCAACCUGAACGAGCACCGAAAGGGCGCGACCUUCGCCGUCCCAGGGGGCUAG